AAAACCGUCCAAACAUAGCUGGUGGUAUUACAAAAAGCGACAUCUGGUUUUGUGCAAGUGUCUUUUGUUGUCUGCCUUGCUCUCUGGUCCCUCCUAGUCCUCAGUGCCCACCUCGUUGUUGUCGUGAGCCUCAGCCAGAACACAACCGUUUCAUUUUCAUGUGCUCUGGAAUGGAGUUGCGCUGAUCAGUUACGCAAAUGUGUUGUUGCGUAGAAAGGAAGCUGUUUCUUUUACUUUUUCGAUAUAACGUCAAGUGACCCAAGUGCCACCACUUUCGAUCCAAGUUCACAUUACAUCCAACUCCAUCUAGGUUCAUUGGAUUCUCAAAACCCAGCAACCACUACUGCAUAUUCAGAUUGUUCGUUUAAAAGGAAGCAUUGGUCGGUACUUGGUCGCUACAAAAAAUGCCAAUUGUUCAGAAAUUGUAUGAUACCUGCAAGGCAUCUUUGUCUCCUGAGGGGCCCAUUUCAGAAGAAGCUCUGGAAAAAGUUCGAACCCUUUUAGAUGAAUUGAAGCCUUCUAAUGUGGGUCUUGAACAAGAGGCGCAAUUGGUGCGUGGAUGGAAAGGUUCUUUGAAUGGCACCAAUGGCAAAAAGGGGCGCAAUGGAAGUUAUCAGUAUCCACCCUCCAUUAAGUACAUUCACUUGCAUGAAUGUGACAAAUUCUCUAUGGGAAUCUUCUGUAUGUCUCCUGGUUCCGUUAUUCCGCUUCAUAACCAUCCCGGAAUGACUGUUUUGAGCAAGCUUCUUUAUGGUUCAUUACUUGUGAGGUCAUAUGAUUGGCUGGAUUUACCUGGGCCAGAUGAUCCAUCUCAAGCUAGACCAGCAAAACUUGUGAAAGAUUGUCAGAUGAGUGCCCCCUGUAACACCACAGUUCUUUAUCCAAGCAAGGGUGGCAACAUUCAUUGUUUCAAAGCCUUAACCCCUUGCGCUCUCUUUGACGUUCUUUCCCCUCCUUACUCAUCAGAAGAUGGAAGACACUGCUCAUAUUUCAGGAAGUCAACUAGGAAAGAUCUUCCAGGUGUUGAGCUUGAUCAGCUGAGUGGUGUAAAGCCAUCUGAAAUAACCUGGCUAGAAGAGAUCCAAGCACCUGAAAACCUGGUGGUUAGAAGAGGUGUUUACAAAGGCCCUACUAUAAGACGAUGAAGGAUACAACUAAUUUGUAUUUACAUAACAUUAGCCAGGCAUGACUAGAAACUAAAUAUGAUGGGGAUAUAAAUUAAAGGUGGUAUAUCUUGGGAAUAAUUGACCAUCUGCUUUAUAUGAUUGUUAACUGUACAUACUGUGAUAAAUGAUGGCAGUUAAUGUUGAUCAUGCCUUGUGUAUCCUUGUUCUAACUAGCCCCUUUUUAGAUUAUUAGAGGAAUAGCACCAACAUGGUGAUCUUUGGUGA